AAACCUCAGGAAAAUAAAAAUAGCACAGCCAAAGCCACUAGUUUUAUUGAGCAAUACUUACCUAUAUAGUAUAUAAAAUCAUCCAUUCAUCAUCCCAAGUAAUUGAAUCCAACAAACACAAAAAGAACAAGUCUUUGUAAAAGCACUCACAAAAAUAGUAAGCCAAAAUUUGAAGAUGAGUUCAACAAGCAGAGCAUGGGUUACAGUAGUGAGUUUAGGAGUAGUAGAGGCAUUAAAAGAUCAAGGUGUUUGUAGGUGGAAUUACACAAUCAGAGCCAUAAAUCAGCACACAAAGAACAAUCUACGCUCAUAUUCACACGCCAAAAAAUUAUCUUCUUUGAUUUCUACAAAAAGUGAAAUGAAGGAGAAAGCUCAGCAGUCUGAAGAGUCUCUUAGGAAAGUUAUGUACUUGACCUGUUGGGGUACAUAUUGAAUUCCAACUGUUAAAUUUUUUGAUAUUCUUAUGUACAUAUAUAUAUAUUCCUUGAGAAUUUAGGAGAAUGUUGAAGCAGUAGUUUUAUAGCUUGAGGCUUAAUUGCCUUGUCAAUAUUAAUGGGAAAACAUUUUUUUUAUAGUCCAUAUUGAUAUUGACGCUGUUCUCUAAUGAAUCAUGUGAAAUUUGUAGUUUUGAAACUUUCCAUCUAUUUACCAAUGUAAAAUGGUUCAAAUUUACCUGUAAAUUAUAUAAAAUGGAAUUAGUUUUA